AUGUCUGUGGUCGACGGGAAAUCUCUGAUGCGAGUCAUCACGCUCGCUGGAGCAACCGGCUUUCUUCUGUUUGGAUACGAUCAAGGUGUUUUAAGCGGUCUGAAUACAGCAGAGGACUUCCUGGAUACAUUUGACGGGCCGUCACCAAGCCUUCUGGGCACUAUCAACGCGAUUUACGAGAUUGGUUACUUUGUUGGCGCGGUGAAUGUCUUCUUUGUGGGUGAAAAGCUCGGCCGAAAGAGAUGCAUGUAUCUCGGUGCGGCUCUCAUGCUGGUUGGCGCUGUGCUUCAGGCUUCUGCAUAUGGAACACCGCAAAUGAUCAUAGGACGUAUUGUUUGUGGCUGGGGAAAUGGAUUUAACACCGCCGUCACCCCGCUGUGGGUGUCUGAGUUAAGCCCUGCCAAGUCGCGCGGUCGGUUGGUUUCUGUGGAGGGAAAUCUUAUUGCCGGGGGCAUUGUCGUGGCGUACUUCUUCAACAUUGGCAUGUCCUAUCUCCCGCCUUCCAAUCCCGUGGAGUGGAGAGUGCCCAUCGCCUUUCAGGGGGUUUUUAUUAUUGCACAGGUAUUGCUGGUCUAUGUCCUACCGGAAUCACCACGCUGGUUGACCAAGUACGGCAGGCACGAUGAAGCAUUGGAUAUCUUGGCACAGCUGUCGAGUCGAUCAGAUACAAUUGAGAGCCCCGCAGCUCGUGCGCUGAAGGCCGAAAUCGAUAGGGCUCUGGCACUCGAGGCAGCUGAUGGACCUUGGAGGAUCCGCGAGGUAUUUGCAAGUGGACCGUUGAAGAUUGGACGGAGAUAUCUGCUGGCCUGUGGCCUUCAGAUUAUGCAGCAGUUAUCAGGGGUCAACAUCCUUGUGUACUAUUUCCCUCAUAUCCUCACGACCGACCUGGCGUACGCCGAUAGAACCGCACUGUACAUCUCAGCCAGCCUCGCUCUCACAUACUGGGUAUUCUCCCUCAUUCCAGUAUUCAGUCUCGACCAGAUGAGUCGCAGAAAGCCCUUAAUAUGGGGCUCUGUCAUUUGCAGCCUCAGCUUCUUGCUGGUGAGCAUUCUCUCCAUUGUCGUUGGCGCCAUUCCUUCCCAAACAUCGAAGCAGGGCGUAGGAGUCGUUCAUCCGCUGACAAUGCAAGUCAAGGCCGGCGUCCUGCAGCAAGACCCCACGACCGCCAAAACCAAAGCCUCCCUCACCUGGUUCUUCGUCUUUGAGGCCGCGUUUGGCUUCGGCUGGGUCCCGAUCCCGUGGCUGUAUGCACCGGAGAUCAUGCCCAUGCGUCAUCGAUCUCAUUGUGCCGCGCUCUCCACCGCAAGCAACUGGAUCUUCAAUUACAUGAUCGUGCAGAUCACGCCAGUUGCCAUUGCGAACAUCCGUUGGAAGACAUCUAGCUAUGAAGGCACUUCGUUGAAGCCAGGUCCCAUCAGAGAAUAAGCUUAUACACAGAAGCUCGGCUGCCUCCCUUCUCAGCUUCCUGGUUUCCCGUUGCGCAGCCAGUCGGUACGCACACAGAGAAUAUCCGAAGCCAGGUGUAGAAGACUCGAUCUAAAUUGUUCCCCGUCUUGGUUUAGAUUUUGUGUGGUUUGGAACACGACAUAGUGUACCUAUGAAUACCCACACCAUUCUGAUUGUAAUAUGAUAAAAUAGGCUCUUGCCAUGUCCCAACAAUAUCAAACAAGUUUCCGUUGGUCACCUGUGCCGUGGUCCCGAACCUAGGGUUUCUGGUCAAAGAGCUCUCUCAUUUGUUCUAUAUAAACUUGGAACUCGGUAAAUAUCCGACCUCUGCCAUUAUAGACAUUCUAGCUCUGGACGAAAGCUGUUCUCUCUUAAUAAUCCAGACAUUCGCUCCAUCUUAUUUGCAGGCUUCUAGUCCAUG